CCCACGUGAUGCUAGGCUGGCGGCGGCGGUUGCCGGGGCGACAGCUGGAGAAGUGGCGGCCGAGUGGAUUUGUGGAGGGUUCCCGCGGCGGUGCAGCAGAGACUUUCGCUGUGUGAAAUAACAGUAACAGUUCACUAUGGGAGAUGUUCUGGCUCAUGAAUCAGAAUUACUUGGACUUGUGAAAGAGUAUUUAGAUUUUGCCGAAUUUGAGGACACCUUGAAAACAUUUUCAAAAGAAUGCAAAAUGAAAGGAAAGCCAUUAUCUCAAACAGCAAGUGGCUCUUUAAGGGACUCCAAAUCACUAAUCAUCCAGAAGGACCUCGUUGCUGCAUUUGACAAUGGAGACCAGAAGGUGUUCUUCGAUUUGUGGGAGGAGCACGUUCCCAGUUCCAUUCGAGAUCAUGACUCCCUUGCCCAGAAGUUGGAAUUCUAUCUUCACAUCCAUUUUGCCAUCUACCUUCUGAAACACUCCGUAGGGAGACCUGUAGGUUCCCUUUGUGAUUUGGACAAAGAGGACCUGGAUGAGAGGAUUUCUUAUUUCAAAACCUACCUGGAGACCAAAGGGGCAGCAUUGAGCCAGACCACGGAGUUUCUCCCAUUCUAUGCUCUGCCUUUUGUUCCUAACCCCAUGGUACACCCCUCGUUUAAAGAGCUCUUCCAGGACUCUUGGACUCCAGAAUUAAAGUUGAAGUUGGAAAAGUUUCUGGCUUUAAUUUUUAAGGCCAGUAACACGCCGAAGCUUUUAACAUUAUACAAGGAGAAUGGACAAAGUAACAAAGAUGUGUCCCAGCAGCUCCACCAGCAGCUGGUAGAAGCUGAACGGAGGUCCAUGACGUACCUGAAGCGGUACAAUAAGAUCCAGGCGGACUACCACAAUCUCAUCGGGGUCACAGCAGAGCUGGUGGAUUCUCUGGAGGCCACAGUCAGUGGCAAGAUGAUCACCCCGGAGUACCUACAGAGCGUGUGUGUCCGCCUCUUCAGUGACCAGAUGCGACAGAGCCUGGCCCACAGCGUGGACUUCACAAGGCCUGGGACGGCUUCAACCAUGUUGAGAGCUUCCUUGGCACCUGGGAAACUGAAGGAUGUCCCGUUACUGCCCUCCUUGGAUUAUGAGAAACUGAAGAAGGAUUUGAUUUUGGGGAGUGACCGCUUGAAAGCCUUCCUGUUGCAGGCUCUUCGCUGGCGCUUGACCACGUCCCAUCCUGGAGAGCAGAGGGAGACCAUUCUGGAAGCUUACAUUGGCAACGACCUCCUGGAUUGUCACAGCCACAGCCAGAGGAGCGUCCUGCAGCUGCUGCACUCUAGGAGCGAGGUGGUGCGACAGUAUAUGGCCCGGCUCAUCAAUGCUUUCGCAUCCCUGGCCGAAGGUCGCCUCUACUUGGCCCAGAACACGAAGGUGCUGCGGAUGCUGGAGGAAAGGUUGAAGGAGGAGGAGGAGGACAUCGUCACCCGCGAGAACAUUCUCGGGGCCUUGCAGAAAUUCAGCCUCAGGCGCCCACUGCAGACAGCGAUGAUUCGAGACGGCCUCAUCUUCUGGCUGAUUGAUAUUCUGAAGGACCCCGAUUGCCUCUCGGACUACACACUGGAGUACUCGGUGGCCUUGCUCAUGAACCUCUGCCUCAGGAGUGCAGGGAAGAACAUGUGUGCCAAAGUGGCGGGCCUGGUGCUGAAAGUUCUCGCGGAUCUGCUUGGCCAUGAGAACCACGAGAUACAGCCAUAUGUGAAUGGAGCUCUGUACAGCAUACUUUCUAUUCCAUCCAUUCGUGAGGAAGCAAGAGCAAUGGGAAUGGAGGACAUCCUUCGCUGCUUCAUCAAGGAAGGCAAUGCUGAAAUGGUCCGUCAGAUCGAAUUCAUAAUCAAGCAGCUUAAUUCAGAAGAGCUACUGGAUGGUGUUCUUGAGUCUGACGAUGAUGAAGAUGAAGAUGAUGAAGAGGACCAUGACAUUAUGGAAGCUGAUCUGGACAAAGACGAGCUGAUCCAGCCGCAGCUUGGAGAGCUGUCAGGCGAGAAGCUUCUGACCACGGAGUACUUGGGAAUCAUGACGAACACGGGGAAGGCGAGGCGGAAGGGCCUGGCCUGUGUGCAGCAGAGUGCCGACGAGCCCCUGCGCCGGCCUGUCACCCCUGGUGGCCACAGGACCGGGUACCCAGUACUGGAAGACUGUCCCAUUUCUCCCCAGAUGACCCAGCGCUCCCGAAACGGCCGCCUCCCAUCCCUGACAAGCGCCCACCGUCCUGUCUACAAUGGUGCCCAGACCGGUGCUUCCGAGUCUGGCAUCUCUGCUUCAGCCACCAGGCACAUCAGGCCAGGAGAAUGGUUGCCAGCAGGACCUCAGGGAGAGGUUCGCCUAUCCUCCGCAGAAGUCCCCAGCCAGGCCCCAGGCGGUGGAGCAACCACCAGGGAAUUUACAUCAGCCUUCCCCUGCGAGCCCCGGACCCCCAGCACCCCGGCAAUCCUGGACCUGAACCCACCCAAGGCCAAGGCAUCCACUCUGGCCCCUCGGUUCUCUCCAUGCGGCCCCCAGCAGGCCAGCCGCCCUGGCUCCGUGUUGUCCUCCACGAGGGGCCCACAGAAUUCCUCAGAUGCCGCUGACUGGCACGGCCUUUCCCGUCUCCAGAACUCUGGAAGGACGAGAAGAGGAAUGGGUUCCCCUCGUCUCCAUGGUAUCAAGGCAACUGUUGUUUCUCCCCCAGACCUACAGAUGGGCUAAAAACCUGAUUUGUAAACGUCUGGCCACUUCGGGAGAAGAAAAAAGUCUGUUAGAGAUUUGGGAAGUAGCCAGCUCUGUAUCAGACGACACUGAAAUCACCAGGUACAGCCCGAGUGGUUCUCCGGGCUAAGUAAAUACCGCCCCGUCUCCACACCACGCCCUGGGAGACUCCUCUCACCGGCAUACGCGUCCACAUCCCCAGGCUGAUGGCCAGCAAGAACCUUGGUAAAACACCAGCAGCUUCUUCAUAAACAUCCCGGCUGUCUGCUGGCCUCGCUGAGUUGGCUGGGGUCACACAUGAACAUGACCUACAGGAGAGAAGCAAGGACAUGAGUAAAUGCAGAUGGUUUCAAAGGUCAUCUGGACAUCUGGUCGUACAGCCGGCUCCUAGGAUUUGCCCAUGAAACCCACCCAGGGAGCCACGGUGGAGAGCCUGUGGAAAUUUUGAGAAUGGUGGGCCCUCGGGAAGAUCCCUUCUUCCCCUGGAAGCUGACCGCAGCUCUCCAGGUUCCUGGCCCCCUAAUCUCUCCUGAGUAGAACUCGAUCUCAUUUUGCUUCCUUUACAGCAAGGUGUCAAUGCCUGACAACAGCUUAAAUUAUGACCCUUGGUGGGAAUAUAAUAGACAGGUGGAGGUUUGAGAUCCAGUCAGAUCCCAGAGGUCAAUCAUUCAGUAGGUUGGGAAGGAUUUAGCCCAAAUCAAAAGAAGUAAACCAGAAGCAAAGGCACAGAUAGGAUUAAUGCAUAAAUUCCAUGACAAACUUUUUAAAUUAAAACAAGAGCUGACCCUGUGCUUAUAGGAUCUUACCUUGCUUGCCAAAUCCUAAUCCUGGCCCCAAUUCCAAUAAAACUUUUUUUUACAGAAAUGGGCAGCCAGUUCACCGAAUUGAUUUUUCUAAUAUUGCGUUAAAAUAUCUCUUGUCUUGAUUCCUAAGUUUCGGGAUACUACCUUCCAUUUUGUGUGCAAGGUGAAUGCCCCACUUGCCUUACCCGCAUCCUGGCCCAGGAUCGAGUGGGGUCCUCCUGGGCCCCUGGCAGUGUGCCAAUGACCCAGCCUCACAGCCAGAUGGCUGGCCUGCCUGCCCGUUGGGCCAUCUUCAUCUGUCCACAUACCGUUUGUGGUGCAUUGGGCUGAGGAGUGGUUCGCUUUGCUUUGCACAUAACAAACUACACCCAAAACACGUGGCUUAAAACAACUUAAUAGCUUUAUGGUUAUGUGGCUCUGCGAUGGGGCUGGGCUCCAGUGGGCGCUUCUGUUGUGUUUGGCUGGACCCAGAUGUGUCUGUGCUCAGAAGGCCAUCGAGGGCCUCGCUCGUCUGACAGCCAGCUGUUGGCUGGGUUCUGAGUUGUCCUCCGCGAGGCCUCUCGUCCCGCAGCAGCCGGCUGGCCUGGGCGCCUUCCCCGGUGGCCUCAGGAUUCUGGCUGCAGGGAGAGAGACAUGAAGCCCCAGGGCUGCUCGGGGGUUUCUACCUGCACCGUGUUUACUCUUCUCCCAUUGGCCAAAGCUGGUCACAGUCCGUGCAGCGAGAUGAGACUACGGGGCCACUGAGCGAACCCAGGGCCCGACCCAGACAACGCACGACGUCAAAAGCAUUCAGAAUUUUACCUCGCUGCUCAGAACCAAGGCUUUCAGGGUGGUUUUCCGCCCCCAUGGUGUGACAUUUUGAUUCAGUUCAGCAAACAGCCUCUGGAACCACUGUGUGCUGGGACGCGGAGUGUUGCGAUUUUGUGGGAAUCCCAUUUGCUUGGUGGGGCUUCCACCGGCAGGAGCAAGUGAAGUGGGGGAGGCUGUCUCUCACAGGUCCUCUUGCCUCGACAGCCCCCUCCCUGGGGAGGUGGUCAUGGCUGGGUGCAGGCAGAGUAGGAGCUUCAGCACUAUAGGGCUAGCGGGGGGGAGUGUUUCCUAGGGUUCCUGGGUUAAGGCCAGGCUGGUCAAUCCAAACCAGAUAGAGCGGGGGUAGGGGAGAGGGGGAGGGCUUGGUAAGCUCUGCAGGGGUCUUAUCUAAGGGGCACACCAGCUGAGGAGCUGAGAAGCAGGAGAUGCCAGGGCCUUGGGGAAUCAUAUCUUAUAAGCUUCUGCCUUGGUGGACUUCCUGGAGGAGGUGGUGGUGCUGAGAGAAAGUCAGGCCUCCAGCAGCCUACACCGAGUGCCCUGUUGAAGAAGGUGGAGGAAGUGGGAGUGUGCAUGGGCUCACAGAGGAGGGCACUAGGGAAGUGAGAAAGUGAGGGCAGAACGAGGGGUGAGAGAAAAAAUAGGGGCUAGUGCAGGAGGCCUCCUGGGAGGGGGACAGGCGACAUGCACUCUGGAGGGGGCAGGGUGAUCACCACUGUCUGAGCUGGAGGGCAUGGAGAAGAGCCUGACUGCUGAGGCGCCUUCCAGAGAGCUGUAGGGCCAAGGGUCAGCCCAGCCCUGAGAUAGGCUGGGAAGGCACCAGGGGCUAUGGGAGGAGGGUGUCCUGCAGAGGGAAGGCGGGGCAAGGCGACAGCAUGAGCUCUCAGAGGGGAGACAGAGCGAAGGCCACGGGGCAGUGACCUUGAAGGGUCCUGAGGAGCAGGCUUCCACCAGGCCCUCCUCUGGAUCCUGGGCCAGAGGCCAUGGUGUCCCCAAGCCACCUUGUACCCACUCGUAAGAGCUGAUCGCUAAAUUUUCGUGAGUUCUGUGAGCGGCCAUUAAACAUAACCAUCAACGAAACUGAAGUUAUAGAAACUUACAAUUAAAUAAAUUCUAUUUUUAAAAGGUAAUAAAUACUCAAAACUCA